AUGAAAAAUCAAACGCAUGAAAAUGUUAUAAAAAUAUUAACAAAUGAAAUAUUCUUAAAGUAUGGAUUUCCGAAUGUUAUCAUAACAGACAAUUCUAGAAAUUUCAAAAACAAUUCAUUUCAAACCUAUCUAGAAAAACUUAACAUAAAAGUGGUAAAAGGAACACUUUUUUAUAGUCAAUCAAAUAAAAUCUGUGAAAGAAGUCUAAGAACAAUUCAAUCAUCUAUUCAUAAACUUGUGAAAAUGACAGAACAAGAAUGGGACACCUAUCUACCUUUCAUUGCUUACAACUACAAUACUUCAUAUAUAGAAUCACUUCAAUCAAGACCAUUUGAACUUAUGUACUACCGAAAGCCACCGUCAUGCCUAGACAUAUUUUUAAAAAAAUUCUACACUACACUACCAGAAACCAACUCUACACAUUAUGAAAUAAUAGAAAAGGCAAAUAUGGCAAGACAAAUAGCAAGUGAAAACCAAAACUAA